AUGUCAAACCAGCAGGUGGGCGUUGUGUUUGAUCGGGUUAUUCAGGAAGUAUGCGACUUGUCCCAGAUUGACUUUGAAGAGGGCGGUGUGGACCAGCAGACACUGGAAGAUCUAAGAAAGGGAUGGCGGAAGAAACUGUCCUCACUUGGGGUUGCCCACUUUCCCUGGGAUCCUGCUCCCCAGCCUGCCCCACCUGCCUCUCAACAACCGCCGCAACCUCAGCAUCCACAACAACCACAGACCCCUAUUCCUGCUGCCCCUGUCACGGUCCCCUCCAAUGACCCUAUGACCGCGACCCCACCACCUCAAACCAAUCAAUUUUCCCAACAACCCCAGCAGCAACCCCAGCAGCAACCCCAGCAGCAGCAGCAGCAGCAGCAGCAGCAGCUACCUUUACAGGUCUCUUCUCCAACAGCUGAAUCCUCAGUCACCGAAGUUGGUGUCAAAACAGAAUCCGGGUAUCAACCUACUCCCUCAGGCCUGCCUCCGGUGAACCCAUCAACUCUCGCACAGCAGCGUGCUGCAAAUGCGUUGCAUCAGAGAUAUGGAGCGGCGGCUGCUAACCAAGUCCAUCAGCUACAAGCACAGUCGCAAGCUGCUGCAUUGUCACUUCCGGGAGCACAGAAACUCCCCGGUGUGGCAGGUUCUUUCACCCAUGGUCAAAAGCCAGUUCAACAACCUCAACAAUAUCAGAACCCCGCCCAGCAGCAACCACCACCACAGCAGCAACAGCAGCAGCAGAGACCCCUAGUGAACAAUUCACAAACUGACGGCGCUGGCGAUUCAUUAUAUGAAUGGAAAGCCGAAGUUUCCCGCAGGAGGGAAGCUGCAGCAAAGGACAAGGGUCAAUUUGACGACUCUCUCCGUUCCUACGUAGAAUCCCGGGGACUACAACUUGAAGCCGGUGGUCUUCUAGCACCCCUGAGCGAACAGUCAAGUUUUGCUAAGGGCACAAAACGCAAGGCUCAUCUCAUGACUAACCCCUCUAGUGCCUCUGAGGGAUUGGAUCCCGCUUCUGCCUCUCCAUCCGCCAACCCCACAGUUACUAUCACAGCAUCUGGCCCAGCUCCCUAUGACGGGGUGGGUGACUAUAAUGGCAACGCGCGGGGCGAGGAGGAUGAGGACGCCAUCAACUCUGAUCUGGAUGACCCGGACGACCUGCUUGAUGACUCCAAUGAUGGCGAUGAUGCAGUUGGACAAGUCAUGCUGUGCACAUAUGAUAAGGUUCAGCGCGUCAAGAGUAAAUGGAAGUGCACGCUUAAGGAUGGGAUUCUGACGUCUGGCGGGAAAGAGUAUGUGUUUCAUAAGGGCAACGGCGAGUUUGAGUGGUAUUAG